UGAAUAAACCCGCUUUGAGACGCAGUUGCUGCUAAUUAGAUACGAAACACUGAGUGAGAAUUUUAUUUAAAACAGAUAAAGAAAAACAGAUAAAGAAAAACAGAUGGAGAACUUAGAAGAGAAGAGGUCUGGCCUGUGUGAGCAGUUUGCUUCCAUUACCGGGACGGACAGCGCCGUUGGGCAGUGUUAUCUGGCUGAAAACGACUGGAACAUGGAGAAAGCUUUGAACUCUUUCUUUGAAGCAGACAUGGAGUCAGUUUUUGAGGUUGAAAAUGAGCAGGAGGAAAACAGACCUUCCAGUAAGAGAAAAGAGAAUCCUCAAGCUGAUGCUCAGGAAUCAAAAAGGAAAGUGAGCUCCGAUCAAGUUAAUUGUAUCGACUUGACUGAUGACACGCCUGCUUGCUCAGAUUCCAAGAGCAGUGAGGAGGAUGAAGGUGAUGGCAAGCUUUCACUCAUCUCCUGGAAUGUGGAUGGCCUGGACACACUGAAUCUGAUAGAACGUGCCAGGGGUCUGUGUUCUUAUCUGGCAUUAUACAAACCAGACAUAGUUUUCCUGCAGGAACUUAUUCCUCAGUAUGUUCAGUAUCUUAAAAAGCGUGCAGUCAGCUACCUGUUUGUUGAAGGAAAUGAAGAGGGCUAUUUCACUGGCCUGAUGCUGAAGAAAUCAAGAGUAAAACUUGAAAAAAGUGAAAUCAUUCCUUACCCAACAACACAGAUGAUGAGGAAUCUUUUGUGUGCCCAGGUCAGUUUCAAAGGUCAGGAGCUGUUUUUAAUGACCUCACAUUUUGAGAGUUGUAAGAACCAGGCUGCUGAGAGGAAGAAACAGUUAAAGGUGGCGCUGCAGAAAAUAACAGAGGCACCAGAUAGCAUGACUGUCAUUUUUGGAGGCGACACCAAUCUUAGGGAUACCGAGGUGGUACAGGUGGGUGGUCUACCUUCAGGUGUGAUUGAUGUUUGGGAGGGGCUUGGCAAACAGGAGCACUGCAAGUACACGUGGGACACCAAAGCCAACAGCAACAAGAAUGUGCCGUAUAUCAGCAGGUGUCGCUUCGACCGAAUCUUCCUGAGACCCGCUAAAACGGGACCGAAAAUGGUCCCUGAACACAUGGCUCUGGUUGGAAUGGAGAAACUGGACUGUGGCAGCUACACAAGUGAUCACUGGGGUAUCUACUGUUCUUUUACCAGCUGAUUUGAGCAAGAAUUAAGGGCUUGUUAACAGUCGACUGGGCAGUUCAGUUGUGUUUUUAGACUGAUUUAAGCAAGAAGGAUGUUUUACUUCUUAUAACUUAAUGACUGAUUUUAUUCACAUUUAUGCACAACUUGGCUGUUUGAUUUGGUCUGGUGGUCAGUGAUCAUUAAUUACUAAUGUUGACCUUUUGCAACUGUAACAGCUUUCACUUUCUUUUCAGCAUUUUGUAAAUUGUGCCCAUAAAAGCACAUGUGACUUAAGGCACUGAUGUUGUACAAGAAGGCCUGGUUCUCAAUCAACAUUCCACUUCAUCCCAAAUGUGUUUAGUGGGGCUAAGUUAAGGGCGUUUACAAUUUUCUGCUAGUUUUUUCUCUCCUUUUUUAAGCUGUUCCUGUAUUUAGGGGUCACCACAGCCGAUCACUCUGGUCCGCGUUCCUGAUUUGCACCCAUACCUUAUUUUAUCUGGGCUUGGGACCUGCACUAAGAGUUCACUGACAGGCGCACCUCUCAAUGGCUGGGCUGUUUGGCAAUGCCCCACGACAGACAUAGCCAAUCAUGUCUGUGUAGACCCCCGAUUUGAACCUGGAUCUGCACUACCUGCAGUAGUGAGCUAGCAUAUUGUGGCUGUGCCACCUAAGCACGUUGACAUUCCUACCAGUCUGAAAAGAGCAAAAUGGGUACAAGAGAUCCCACUGGUGGUCUAUCAGUCACUGAUUCUGACCAGUAUUUAAAACAUUACUUAAUAUUAAAAAUCCAGCACUGUCCAGCUUUAACUGCAAAACCAACAGUAUUGUCUGUACUCUGAUGUGUACUCUGAAGGACCAGGCUUUUCCUGUGGUUUUAAAAUGUUGAUUUUGUUUAAUUUAUAACUUAUUUAGUUUUUUUAGUUUCAUUAAUGUUUUUAAUUAUGUAUGUAUUAUUUUAUAAAAUAUAAUUAACUAAAUAAAUGUUGGAAACUU